CGGGAGCUACGAGGUGGAAGGGAGGAGAGACUGCUGCUCGCCAGCGGUUGGAGAGAGACUUGACUUUGCGUUUCUGGAACUUACGGGGAAUUUUGAUGCAAAGUUAUAAGCAAGGAGAAAUACCCCAAGUGAGACAGUGUAAGCCCGAUAUAAGCGUGUGUAAAUCAGUGAAUUAUCCUUGGAUAUUUUUACUUUCAGACGAGGGAUAGGUGACUAAUUCUCCCGUGGUAGUGCGAGAAAAGGAACGGAAGCAGAUGUGGCAGAAGCGAGCAUAGACCGCCAUCCAGGGUACAGGAUCGUGCAUGACGAGGUCGACCGCGCCAUGCAGGAAGCCCGGACCGCCCCCCGCCUCCCUCCGCCGCCACUACCCCACGCCCGCCCCCCGCCCCUACGCCCGCUGCAUCGCCUCCCUCACUUCCUCUUCUUCGUCUUCCUCUUCUUCCUCUUUUCCGCGAGUGUUAGGGAUGUCGGGGUGGCGGGCCAGAGGAAGGCUGCGGGGACAUUAACACUCCUGGGCGCCGUUCCGAAUACCUCCUUUACGUGUGCAGGUCGUACGGCAGGUUACUACGCCGACCCGGAUACAGGAUGCCAGGUGUACCACAUGUGCGACACGCUGGAGAAGCAAUACUCGUACCUGUGUCCUAACUACACCCUCUUCAACCAGAAGUUCAUGGUGUGUGAUCACUGGUAUAUGGUUAACUGCUCCUCGGCAACCACGUUCUACGAUCUGAACGACCAUAUUGGCGAGGUUCCAGACAAGAAGGAAGGCCAGGGCGCCGGAGCCAACGCGAUCCACGACGAAGGUGAAGGAUCUCCCGAGAAGAACUCUCCGGGGAAGGAGCCGAAGUCCUCACCUGCGGCAGUCGUUUCCAAAGCCCCCGGGACACCUCCUACGAGACUGACAUUCCCGACCACCGUCAGCUCAAGUCAGCAGCGGACGUCGCCCAGACCACAGCCUUCCACGAGUAAACCUCCUGCCGAUACCUCCCCUCCUCAGAGCCCCACGACGACCUCGGGGCCCCCACCCGCGUCGGAAAUCUUCAAGGGCCCUCGGCUGCCGACGAAGCUCGAUUCUCGCGUCGACAUCCCCUUCCUCCAGACGACGCUGACGGCACCCUCCUCCCCGAUGGUCCCUGCCUUCGUGGCGCGCGACCCCGUCAGCAAGUUUAGCUUCACCAGCAACAGAGAGGAGGACUCGUCCUUCGAUCCCAUCGCGUUGCAAGACAUCGUUUUCCGGCCGCUGGUUGCUCGCCCGAAGAACAGGACCAUUUCGACCGACCUGGUUCCGCCGCCGACGCUGAAACCGCUGCUCGCCGCCGCCACCCCCCUCGACCAGCGAGCUCGGCAGUCCACGCCGGCUGAUUUUGCGUUCUCCCCGAACUCCACAGCUUCAGGAGGAUUUCCAGUACUUAGCACUCAUUUCCAGCCCCCGAGAAGAGAGUCGGAUGUUCCCCAAACCCGAGGAAGGGAAUCCUCUGUCUCCUUCACUCCCCCCAAAAUAGGAGCGUCGGUAGUCCCCCAGUCCCCUGCAUUAGGAGCGCCCGCCAUUCCCCCGAGUGUCCUCCUACAACCUCCUCCAGUUUUCCCGAUCCGCUUCGACUUCGGGACGGUGCCUCCUCCGCGCGGCCAGAGACUGAACCCCCAGCCUCCUCACGUAGCUAGGAUGAAGCAGGAGGCCCUGACGCCGUUAGCCUCGCGCACGGGUCUCCUCCGGCCCUUACACACCUCGGGCUCCAUCGUCCCCGUGGAAGCCAUGCACUUUUCUUCGGCUCGUGGCAACCGGGACUUCUUCAUCCCAUCUGAGGGCCUCACCUUGCCGGCGGAAGACCUGUCCAUCGUGAGCGAGAACAGCCUGGGCGAGCCGCACAGCCACCACACGCACGACCACGACCACAUGACUAUGGUGUUCCCUGCGGAUCCCAAUGAGGAGUUUGCGGCACUUAAGCUUAACCCCGAAUGCCCCAGGUGUCACCCGGCUUUCCUGAAACCUGGCCAGUGCACGCCCUGCGUUCUCAUUAGAUAGAGACGGAUGUAGUCAGUGCCGUAAAGAGGAUAAGCAACAUACACUGAAACGUGGAAUGGUAGAAGGGAAGGGGUGAGGGUUAAAAGGGAGAUAUAUUUGUAACUAUUUAAUGUAUACAUAAAAAAACACUGAGAAUUCUAAACGGAGAAGAGUUCACAUUUGCAUUAAAAAAAAGAACUUUCAACCUUAUAUAAAAAAAAAAAUUAAAAGAUAACUAAAAAUUUAAAAAGUCUUUUUUCCGGCGUGGUUUAGGCCCGUAGUAUAGUCUUCUUGCACUUGCCAUAAAACCCAAAACAAAGAAAAAAAAAUUACUUGAAAAUAGUCACAACUAAUACCCGACUUCCUAAAAUACCUAUCGAGUUAUUUUCUCUAGUAGCAGGUACUACCAUUUUAAUAGUCUUUAAUAGCACGUAAUACCAAUAGAAAAUUGCAGUCUGUCUAAAAAAUAUAUAAAUGAGAACGCGCUGACUCUCAUCAUAGAAAACGUGGAAAGCAACGUAUUUGUGAUUUAUCGGGUUUUGUUAAGCACACAUGGUGAAAAGAAUAUCUGUACUUAAGCAUUUUAUAUAUAAAUGGAUGAUAGCAUAACUAAAAGCAUAUGAGUAUUUGCAUUUGAGGAAGAUAUAAAGCUAAAUACUUAACACUAAAUAUUACAAGGGUUUCCACAUAGCAAGUGCAACACCCAUAGCAGACUACCAGAAAUCAUUUAUUACUGAAAUAUGUAAGGAUAAGGAGAGGCAUGUGAAGUAAAGAAUCUAAAAAAAAAAAAUCCUGAUAUGGAAAACCUGGCGUUUUGUUGGAUUGUUUGUUCUUUUGUUUAUUAACAUGCUUUUGCUAUUUUUACUUACUAUGUUACUGAAUUAGGUGUAACGCUAUGUAUGUAUUCGACAACGCUUACUAUAAUAGGUGAAUCUGUAAUGCCUAUUUCAUAAUUAAGCAGCAGUAACAGUCAGUAACAAAAAGCUACGCUACCAAGCAUUAGCACCAACAAAAUGUAAUAUCAUAAACCGUGCUAUAACCAUUACAGAAAGUGAGCAAAUGUAAUUCUCAUUCUCAGAAGUACAGUGAGUACCUGGAACAAUGCAUUUAUAUCUAGUACUGAACACCGAGUUACUUUUUUCCAUACAAAUAAGGCUCGAGAUGUAGAUCUAUGGAUGAUAGAAUCCUUAAAUCUGCCAGUGCCAAAAGCCGGUCUAGAAAUAAACAAAACGUCAACUAAUUAUCAGUGAAUGUGCCUUGUUUAACAUGUAUUUUCGUCCAAUGCUCCAUUUUUUUUUUUCAUACAUGGCCAGAGUUGGAUUAUUAUUUUGGUGUAUUUAAUGAUAUAAUAAUGACGUAGAAAUUUUCCCACACACGGAAUGGAAAAGGUAUUGCUUUUCAAUGGGCAGUGUUUUAAGUGUGAUUACAUACCUCAUGUAGGAUUUUGAUGUUAUAAUUUUGAAAAUGCGACAUUAGAUGAAAUAUACAACUGAAAAGUAUAAGUAGAUGAAUAGAUGAUAAGUCUUUUUUUUUUAUUAUUCAUCUGUCAAUGAAAUUCAGUGUGUGUACAUGUGUGUACGUAUGUGGGUGGAUGGAUGAGUGUCUGUAUCACAUAGCAACACAUACACACACAAUAAUAUACAUAUACACACACACGCACACGCACACACACAUUCACACAAACAAAUGUAUGGUGAAUGUCCACUAAUUUUAAUUACACACACAGCAUGCACACACAUGCAUUUGUGUGUGUGUGUUUGGAAAAUGUGUGUAUGUAUGUUCUUGUUCAUGUUAGUAAACUGUUACCAUAAAAGGUGUGCAGGACACAGCUCUUCUAGUUUAGAAUUCCUUUGUAUUAGCAUCAACACUUGCAACUUAUUCAUAGGAAAAUAAUUUGUAAAAUCUCAAUGUUCAUUACCAUAUAAUCAGCUUUUAAAUAUUUCACUUUUGUCUUUUGUUUUUAUUUUUUUUCCUAUUGGAUAUGUGGAUUCUUCAAAAAGAUGUCACAGUAAACAAGUAUCUA